GUCAAGAAACUUCAACACUGAACUAUCCCUAAUUAAACUGUGAAAAGACACUAGAAUUGAACAAUCUUGAAGACAUUGUUUCAAUUUACCAAACCAGAAAGAAGAAAAAUACGUUGAGCUAAUCAGACCCAUUGUAUAACCAAAGGAGAGACCAACCAAGAACCCCGAAUUAAAGUAAGAUUGUUCCUUGAUUAAUUUACAUUUGAAUUUUGAUUUAAAACUUAAGAUGAGCGAUAACGAAGAAAUUUUAGACGAGCACCAGCUCAAUCGUUUGAGUAUGGAUAUUUCAAGCAACUUGAUGAGCUCAAGCUUAUAUACGGUCCCCACCUUUCGUGGUGAUGAUAAUUCCAAUGCUAAAGCAUGGAUGAAAAAGUUUGAGACUAUCUCUGAACACUUUGAAUGGUCUGAUGAUCAAAAAAGAUUGAGGUUCAAGAGCCAUUUAGCUGGGCCUGCCGCUAAUUGGUAUUAUUUGCGAGUUGAACAAGCAGAGAUAACUGAGUUUAGUUCUAUAAAAGAACGAUUUAUUGGUGAUUUUACUGGCGAAGAUCAGUUGGAAAAAAUGAAAAGAAGAAAAUUGAAUAAAUUUGAGAAGAUACAAUCAUACGUUUAUGAUAAAGUUGGACUUUGCAAAGAAGUCAAUAAGAACAUGACAGAGGAUGAAAUUUUGAAUUAUAUUUAUGAAGGAAUGCCAGUGAAAUUGAGAAAUGCUAUUUGUAUUGCUGGGCCAAAAGAUUAUUAUGAAUUAAUAAACAUUGGGAAGCGAUUGGAAAAUGUUCCCGUUUAUACUCAAGAAGAGGAGAAAGUAGAAGAGAAAAAGGUUUCUGAGAAUCCUACGAUGAAAAUGCUUGAACAAUUAAUGAUGGAGGUUAAUAAUUUGAAAUUAUCCUCGACAAAUUACCCACGAAGACCACAAGGUUAUGGUCAAAACAACAAUUAUCAAGGUAAUCGAAAUUAUGGAAAUCGACCACGAUUCCCAAGAAAUCAUGAUGGUGAAGUAAUGUGUUACACUUGUGGAAGAAAAGGGCAUGUUACUAGAUUUUGCCCCCUUAAUGGUCAAACUCAUUUGCCCAGAAAUCAUCAUAAUUCCGGUAAUUAUAAUAAUAAUUACCAGAAUCGAAGAUACAAUAGAGAGGGCAAUAAUAAUCAGGUAGAUAGACGAAUCCCUUUCAUCCCUCAGAAUAAUCAAAACCAGAAUCAACAGAUGAAUACUAGUAAUCAACCCGUGAGCUUCAUCAAAGAAGAAAAUAGAAUAAUUGUCUCGUUGGAGAUCCAUAAUAAGAAAUUUGAUGCUAUAAUCGAUACCGGUGCUGAGAACUCAUUUAUCACAACUAAUUGUUACUCAGCAUUAAACUGUGAACUAAAACCUUGGACAGGUGGAAGUAUUAAAGGAAUAAAUGGUUCAUUAAAAAUACCAAUUGGUGAGGUAAAAGUUCCUGCGAUUAUGAAACAAGAUGAACGAAAAACUAAAGUUAAUUUUGAGGCUCGGGUAUUGGAAUACCUGCCUUAUGAUAUUAUUAUUGGGAUGUCAACGAUGAAAGAAGCAAAGGCUUUAAUUGACCCCGUUGAAAACAAAAUAUUCUUCAGAGAAGAAAUAGAAAAAGAAAAACAAACAGUAAUGCCAAUAAAUGAAAUUGAAAAGCAUGAAACAAAUAACGCAAAUGGAUUCAUAGUGAAUCAAACUGGAAUAAUUGUUCCUCCUAAAAGUUCAGUUAUAAUCAAAGUGCAAGCUCAACCAAUGAAAAACUUUAACGAAAAAGUAAUUAUAACCCCGGCCCCUAAAUUUAAUAAUAGCGCCAGGUUAAAGUUUAGCCUAAAUGAAAUUGAAUUCAAGAAAGGUUUGAGCGAAGCUACAAUUUGUAAUACAGAGGAUUUCAGUUUUUACAUUAAAUCAAAUGAGACAAUCGGCCAAAUCAAGAAAAUUUGUAAAUCCCGAGAAUCAGUUUUUACUGCUCUAGAAAGCAACCAUGAGCUAGAUGAAAUAAAUGCAGCUCAAGAUGAGAUGGAAAAUGAGGUGGAACAAAACGAAAUCAAUGACGCUGUUAAAACUGAAUUACAAAAUCUUUGUUUGAGCAAAGGUACAGUUUCCAUCGGUGCCUCAUUAAAUCACGAUCGUAGAAAUCAAUUAGCUGAGACUUUAGAAAAGUAUAUUGAUCGGUUCGCAUUUGCUCAAAAUCAACUUGGAAAGACAAGCUGUUGUCAACAUCAGAUAGACACCGGCAAAAAUCGACCCUUUUCUUUGGCGCCUUAUGGUUGCUCAUUAUCUGAGAGAUUGGCGAUAAAAACUGAAAUAAAUAGAAUGAAAAGCCUUGGGGUAAUUGUUGAGUCAACUUCCCCUUAUUCAUCACCAGUGAUAAUAGUGGGCAAAAAAGAUGGUGGAGUAAGAAUCUGUGGAGAUUUUCGACGACUAAACAAGGACACAGUUCCAGAUGUUUAUCCCCUACCGAGUGUUCAAGAUGCUCUUGAUUGUGUCAGUGGUUGUAAAUAUUUCUCGUUAAUUGAUCUAAAGUCUGGUUAUUGGCAGAUAGAAAUUGACCCCAGAGAUAGAGAAAAGACAGCGAUAAUAACAAGAGAUGGAUUGUUUGAGUUUAUUGUCAUGCCAUUUGGCCUCCGAAAUGCCCCUGCCACUUUCCAGCGACUAAUGGAUUCUGUUUUGGCCGAUCUAAAAUGGAUAAUUUGCAUCCCUUAUCUGGAUGAUAUUCUUAUUUUCUCGAAAACUUUUAAAGAGCAUCUUUCUCAUAUUGAUAAAGUAAUGGACAGAUUAAGACUGGCCAAUUUACUUAUUCAACCGCCAAAAGUAGCUUUCGCAGUAAAUGCAAUAAAUUAUUUGGGCCAUACACUAACAGCCGAAGGAAUUUCGCCGCAACAAGAUAAAAUCAAAGCAGUCUUAGAAGUCGAAAGACCGUCUAAUGUAGAUAAACUAAGACAGUUUUUAGGUUUAGCGUCCUAUCAUCGAAGAUUUAUCAAAGAUUUUUCAAUAAUUGCUAAGCCAUUAUCAUCAUUAACAAAGAAAGACACUCCCUAUGAAUGGAAAGAGGAACAACAAAAAGCAUUUGAUGACUUAAAACAAGCACUAAUCUCUCAUCCAAUACUAGCUCAUUUUGACAUCAAAUUACCCGUGGAAGUUAGAUGUGAUGGGUCAUCAAUUGGACUUGGAGCCAUUUUGAUUCAAUUACACCCCGAUGGUGAUAAAGUUGUUGCUUACGCGUCUCGAAUGACCUCAAAGCCUGAGAAAAACUAUGCCAUUAGUGAACUUGAAGCAUUAGCUAUCGUUUAUGCUUUGGAAAAGUUUAGAUCCUAUUUAAUUGGCAUCAAGUUCAAGGUUGUUACUGACCACUGUAGCCUCUGUUGGAUGUUUUCUAAAAGAAAAUUAACACCAAGACUCACCCGCUGGGCUCUUUCUCUUCAAGAAUUCGACUUUGAAGUUGUUUACAAAAGUGGUAAACAUCAUAAAGAUACUGAUUGUUUAUCUAGAAACCCAGUUGACGAGCCAAACGAACCAAGAAUAGAAAGAGAUUUAAAUUUAUUAGCCAUCACUGAAAGAAUCAACGAUUUAGAAUCAGAGCAAAGAAGGAAUAAAAGGCUAAACCAAAUUAUCGAAAUGCUCGAAGGCAAGAUAAUUAUCACACAAAAAGAAAGAAGAAAAGUUGGAAAGUUUACGAUGGUAAACAACAUUUUGAAUAGAUGUGUAUUCACUAGAACCGGACCUAAAUUAGUUCCAGUCAUCCCAUCCUCGUUAAGACGAGAAAUAAUGUACUCAAUGCACGAUGAUCCUUUAUCGGGACACCUGGGUCAACAAAAGACUCUUGAAAGAGUGAGAUCUAGGUUUUAUUUCCCUCAGAUGAGAAAGUAUGUAAACAAUUACGUUAAGACUUGUGAUGAAUGUCAAACGAGGAAAAGAUCUUAUCUUACACCAGCGGGACUUUUACAACCCAUUACUGUUGGUGGAGUAGCUGAAAGGUUUGGCAUCGAUAUUUUAGGGCCGUUCCCAAAAUCAUUUAAAGAAAAUAAAUACAUUGUAGUUUCGACUGAAUAUUUCACUAGAUUCGCCAUCGUUAAAGCUUUGCCUGAAGCAACAACAGCUCAAAUUGCCAUUUUUAUUGUCGAAAAUAUAGUUUGCCAAUUUGGAAGCCCAAAAGAGAUUCUCUCAGACAGAGGAUCGCAAUUUAGAUCAAAAUUAAUGGCUGAAUUAACAGGCCUAAUGCAAACCAAACAUAAGUUCACGACGGCUUAUCACCCUCAAUGUAAUGGUCUAACAGAACGAUUCAACGCUACUUUAGCAAAUAUGAUGAGUAUGUACGUUGACAACGCCCAUAAAACUUGGGACAGAGCUCUUCACUUUGUUGCUUUCGCUUAUAACUCAGCAAUAAACUCAUCAACAGGCUUCUCUCCAUUUUAUCUUAUGUAUGGACGAGACCCUGUCUUUCCGCUUGAAAGAUUUAUUCAAUCCUCAACUCAAGGAUUAUCAGGUCAUAAUCAUCAUAGUUAUGCUGAGUCAUUAACUGAACACCUGCACAACAUAAGAAAAAUUGCCCAAGAUAAUUUGAAAAAUAGCCAAUAUCGAGGUAAAGUAUUUUAUGACCAAAAUAGAUUAGACAAAAGAUUAACAGUGGGAACCAAAGUUUUAGUAUUUACCCCACAGCGAAAAGUAGGAAAAUCAGAUAAACUGAUGCACAAUUGGCUGGGCCCAUAUAAAAUAAUUGAAGUAAUGUCCCCUCUUGUUUACAAAGUGGAACAUACACUAAAGGAAAAUAAAAUAGAAAUUGUAAAUAUUUCAAGGUUAAAAAUAUAUCACGAAAGAAAAGUAUCGGAUGAUGAAACCACCGAUGAUGAAGAAACUGAAAUUUUAGAUAAUAACGAAAGAUACAAUCUGGAUUUACCCACUCAAAUAAUCAACCCGACAACAGGAGAGACUGUGUCAAAUUCUAAAUCAAAAUCUAAUUCCAAUCUCGACCAAGAGAUUGAUGAUAAUGAUAACAAUUCAUUAGUAGUAAAUAAAUCUGAUGAUGAAACAAUUGUUUACAAUCCUGAUUAUGAAGUAGAUACUGAAGUGAGUCAGCAUGAUAAUGAAGAGGAAGAUGAAAUGUUAAAUAAUAAUCAACCUUUAGAAAGAUAUCAAAGGGCUAGACGACCACCAGCUAAAUUAGCAAAUUAUUUUCUUUUCGGAUUAUUUUUAUUUUGUUUUAGCGGAUUCUCUCAUGAAAGUUUCAUUAAAAAUAACCCAAUAAUCUGGAAAGAAAGAAAAGUUUUUAUCGUUAAAGGUAUUCAACCCGUGAUUGUCAAGGUAAAAUAUGAAUCACCUUGUCAUUUGUUAGACGAUAAAGAACUCCAAUCAAUUAGCUAUCUUAAACCCAUCAUGAAAUGGUGUAAACAAAGUUUUGAGAAUGAUUUUAUAGAACCAGUGAAAAGUCUAUGCCAAGAACCUAAAGUUAAUAAAAGAGAAAUCAAAGAGAGAUCGAAAAGAGCGAUCAUAUCAGGAUUGUUAACACUGGGAACUAUUGUAAUCAGUUCAUUUCUAAGUGUAGGAAUAGGUGCCAUCACUAUGACGAAAGAAAUGAAACUUGAAACAAAAUUUGAUGAAUUACAUUUAGUUCAAGAUCAACUGCUUAAAGAAACAGAGAAAAUAGCCCAAAAUCAGAUAACCACUAAAAAGGCUUUACAAGCGAUGCAAAUUAGCAUUAAAAAUGUAACCAAACAGAUUUCAGAUUUUCAUAAUAGAAUUAACCAAUUUGAAGCAGCUUUUCCUCAAACACUUUAUGUUGUUUCUCAUUUAACGUCAAAAUUCAUGCAAACGAAAAACAUCUUAUUAAAUACCGAAAGAAAAAUGAAGAAUGAUGAGUUUGAACCAAGACUCAUGGAAAUUCUAAAUAUAACAUUACCAUGUAAAAAUAAUUGCCCCGUUGAACUCAUUGAACCUAAUGAGUGUUAUUUAGAUCAAGAUAAUCAAGAAAUUCACUUUAAUUUCGAUGCAAAAAUUAUCUCCCCUAGCAGCCACCUCUUAGUGGCUGAUCCAUUUCAAUUGAUAACAGUUAAUAAUAAUUCUCAUUUCUGUCAAGUUACUUAUCAGGGCCCACAAGAAGUAUUGUAUAAUACUGAUAAAGAUUGCAUUACCCAAAUUAGAAAUAUGGUAGAAACAAACAUUAAUCAAAUUCAUAUACAAUAUAACCGACAAAUUUGUAUAUUCAAUAGUUUUAACCUCUCAAUGGACAAUUUAUGGUCACCCGAAAAUUGUCAUCAUAAACCAACAUCACAAGAAGCAGAGAUAGUUCAGAUUAAAUUCACUAAAAAUAAUAACUUCAUUUAUUGCCCUUCAAAAGAAAUUGAACUUUUUAAUAAAACACAUGCUUGCCCGAACUUUGUUUUUGAUGUUCCCGCUAAUAUAACUUUUAAAAUUAAUAAUAUUUUGUACCAUCCAACCGCCAUGAAGAUUACGAACAAUCUCAAGUUUAUCGAAGAUUGGAAUUUUAGAAUCAACAUGCAUUUUAACCCUCAUUCUUUAGACCCUCUAAUAAUUAAUCUAAACAAAACCGAUCAACUAAUUGAUCAAAUAGAUACUCCAUUAUUCAACAAGAUAAGAACAGGUACUACCACCUAUGUUUUUAUAAUAUUAACUAUCAUUUUUGGAAUAUUAAUUCUGAAUUUAACGUUCACCAUCGUUUAUUUGGUGAUGAAGAAUAAAAAGAAGAAAACAAAUGUAGCUGAACCACAGGUAGAAAAUUCUACUGAAAAAAAGGUUAGACGACCUUUAUUAAGAAGACAAAAAAUUUAAUUCAGA